AGUGCGAAGUUAACGUAACCAGGCUUAGUGAAAGGAAGUGUAGUGACCAAGAACAAGUUCCACGUUAGCGUUUUUGUUAUUUAGACGUUUAUUGGCACUGUUGAACUCAAAAUAUGACACAUGUAACCGCGCUGCACAUACUUACCCCAGGUAGUCUUUAAUUCGCGUUGGAGACGGAACUUGGUAGAUGAUGUUAUCUAGCUAGCUGCUAACGUUCGCUAACAACAAUGGCUGACUGUAUGAUUUUUCACACUCAAAUUGCCUCCAUCAUGGAGAUGCUUGCGAAUACAGCCGUGGCAGAGAUCUGUAAACUCGUAGACGACGACUAUGCAGUGUUUCGUUUGGAAAUAACUCAAAGCCAGAAAGAAAACAGGGGAUUACGGAGGAAACUACAACAAUUGGAAUUGAAGGUGGCACGGGAGCGCGCAGAGAGGACAAUACGAGAGCGCGUCCUCACCAGUCGUCCCAGUAGUGUCAAGAUCCUUGACCGAUGCAGAGGAAUGGCAAGAGGUGAAGGGCCUCUCACUGGAGGCCACAGGAGCCUUGUGAAGCCAGCGGGACACAACACAUGGAGAGAUGACCAACCAAUCACUGUUGAUGAGGGGAGUGGAACCUCAACCCAGCACAUUAUUGUGAUAGAGUCUGCAGAUGCAGAGGCUGCAGGUCCUGGGGUCAAGCUGGAGAGGACUGAAGGAGAGGUGGACCCACAGCACAGCAGAGACAUCCAAACUGGAGCAAUGGCUGGAGUGGCGCACCCUGUAGUCACUGAGGACCUCGCUACCGCUGCAGCGGCCCAGACCAGGAUCGGACGCAGCAUCACGGAGGAGGAGGAGGAUCCAGAGGUGCUGCUAGUGAAGGAGGAGGGCUGUGAGGAAGGUCUGGGGAACCCUGAGGGGACCAUGGUCGUAGAGGACAACCAGACUACACCUCCUCCUGAACCCACAGAGCAACCAGCUGAGCAGCACAGGACCACAUACAGUCUCACCAAGUCAGUAGACAUGGACGAUGGGAAGCCUGAUCUGCUGCUGGUCAAAGUGGAGACAAUCGAGGACGGACCAGAGAGCAUUGAUUUGCUGAGUGGACUAAAGAUGGGGGAGCAAGGUGGUUGGCUGGAGGCUAACAGAGGAGACUGGGAAGCCAUCUUGGAUUCCCAGACCCAGACUGGUGCAGCCAAGGGCCCAGGGGACAACAUCACUGAGCAGGCCAGGACCAGAGGUGACAUAGUGGAGUCUGCAGUCGAUGAGGAUCUGCUGAUAUCCAGUGUUGUUGGUGGGAGAGACUGGACCUCUGAAACAGCUGGUCACAAACCCUGGCACCAGAUCAGAACCCUGGAUCAGGAGCCUUCGCUCUUACUUCCCGAGUCAGAACCGGGACCGAACCACGAAGGACAGAGAUUCCACCACCACACAGAGCACAACCAGUGGACAGGUGGAUUGAAUAACCUCAGUCCUGGUGGUCAUCAGAGAGACCAAGGAUCCAGUCUGCAGCCCAGAACCUUCUCUUCACAGACUCAGUGCAGGGAUGAAGCAGGGCCUGGGGCUGAUAGAGAUAGACCCUCCUGUUCCUAUGAUACAAACACCACAGUAUCCAUGAUGAACAGAGCAGGUCACCCUGGGCUUCAGCCUUCAGAGAGAGUGGUGGGAGAUCCAUCUGGUGGUAGUCUAUCAGCAAGUCUGUCUUCUCCUUCAGGAUCUUGUCUAAUUCCUGAUGAUUGGGUUCAUAGAAAGCCUGGACCUGGGUCUAGCCUUCCUCAGCUACCUCAUGGUUACCCCAUGAAUACAGACAAGGUCAGGAUGGGUGUUCACCACGAGAGGUACCUAGCCUAUAACACAGCAGACAAUUCUAACAACACCCAAACAAUGGCUAGAGGUCAAGGACGGAGCUCAAAUACUCCUGCUUCUACCUUAUCUGGUGUCAUUGGGUCACAACGUGGGGGGCCGAGUGUUAGGACUGAUGCCAACAAGCCGUAUGCCUGCUCCACGUGUGGGAAGUGCUUCGCUGAAGCGUACUAUGUGAAGAUGCACCAGACCGUUCACACCAAGGAGAGGCCCUUCAAGUGCAAACUAUGUUACAAGAGCUUCUCCUUCCUGACUAACCUGAUCAGACAUAGGAGUGUCCACAAUGGGGAGAAAUCGUAGCAGUGUGGCUUGAUGUACACAGGGGAUAUCUGAGAACCAUUCUUUAGCUGACAUAUUAUAGUUAUAAUCAACCACUUACCCUUCAUUAACCCUUUUGUUAACUUGUCAUUUGAAACAGGCUAGUAAAUACCUUGUUUUUAGAGAAAUUGUAAACCUAGGCUAGAACUAGAAGAGUUGAAUAUUUACCUUACUGGAGGUGAUGUAGUCAUAUUAUUUUCUAUUCUGUUCUAGCUAACACUUCUUUCUAAACAAGUCUGCUCUCAGCUUGAAAGAUACUGAUCAUAGGAUAUCUGAUGUGUAUUGUCAUAAGAAGUACCGUAUUUCAAAGAACAGCAAGCAUACCUUUAACAUUUAACCGCACCCUUUGAGGUAUGACGCAAACCAAUAAGAUACAUUCUCUUCAGAGUAAACGGAGGUAGGUGGAAACGGGAAGAGAUGAUUCUGACACAAUGGCGGAAACUGAUGUUUUGUUUGAAACUGCUGGCGAGUGAAGAUGACAGUGAGAAUGAGUGGGUUUCACUGGCGAAAAAGAAAGGAAACAGAUGUAAAGUUGUGGUGGACAAUAGGAACUCUUAGACUGGUUUUUGAUCGGAGUGAGGGUUUUGGACCAAUGGAACCUGGGAGAUCCAUUUGAAGUGGCGUCAGAGUCACAAGAAGUGGGCUUAUUUAGUUUUUUUUGUGUGUUGAGAAAUGACAGGUGUCUCAAUCAAUGAGAGAAGACUUGAAAUAGACAAGAUGGCGGCGUACACAUUGUUGGAUACUUCGUGGAGCAAAAAAAAGUAUUUUUUUAAAAUAACAGCAUUUAUCUCAAUUCAAACGGACCCCUUGCAACUGGACACAUCCUGUUUCCACGAAUUGAGGACGAAGAAAAUGAUCUGUGCUACACCAAACAGUACCUAUCCUGUAACACCCAUUAAUGGAUACCACAAGUAUUCGGAUGAGUCACAUCUGGUGUAACAAUCUGUAGCUAAGGAUGUACAAGGAAUCCUGUACAUUAAGGUACUGCCCUCACAGGCCCCUGAACCUGUGUAUGUAUUUGAUUUGGAUUGGACUGUGAGUGACUAAAUAAGUGGGGUGGUUUUAAUUUAUCUAUGUUUGUAUUUUGUGUAUUGUCACCCCUGUGGUCCACACGGGAAUUUUCAUUGUUGUCAGCAGAAGGAAAAAGGAAACCGCACACUACUCUUGAUAGUAUCACUGCUAUUUAUUAAGCUUACGUGUCGGUCUUCGUCAGAGCUUUUGUGAUUUAAAAAAAAAAGUGCACUUUUCAAUAAAAAACAAGGACAUUUCUAAGUGACCCCAAAUGUAUGAACGGUAGUGUAAGAGUGACCAACUGUUUGUGUCUUGGGCAUCCCCCUGUAAGUGCUGAUCUAGGACCAGAUUUGCCUUUUAAAUCAUAAUGAAUAAGACAAUUGAUCCUCAAUCAGCAUUCCUACUCUGACCCUUUGUGGAUACAGGCCAAGGUCUUCAAUAAUUUUAAGUGUGGGACCACACCUUUUGAAUUAUCAAACCAUUUAAGUGUCAAGUAAUCAAAUUAACUAAGACAUUUUGCAUAGUAUCAAAUCAACUAACAUGAGGUUCUCAGAAGGGAGCUACCUCAGGAAACGCACACGGCCCAUGUAUAGAGUGAUAUGUAGUACUAGUUUAUUUGUAGUUCAUUCUGGUGGAUUUGGAUAUUGUAUGGAACUGGAUGAGGUGAACUGAGGUAAGAAUGAGUAUGAUGAUAUGACAACUAUGUCCCUUUAGGUUGAUACUGGUGUUUUAUAGUGAGAUAAUGAUAGUGCCUUAAUUCAUGUUUACUUGACAUGAAGUAGAGAAGCUGUGUGUAAAAUAAUGUUGAACCUUUUCCAAAGUAUUCUAAAAUUCAUUCUUUCAAAGCGAGGGUACCAGAUUUACAGAAAAGGUAGUGUUGCAUAGUGUCAUGUAUCAGUCUGUUCAAUAAAAGUACUGUACCUCA